GCUUAUACAUUGAUUUAAUCUUAAAUUUCUACCUGAACUACGUUUUCCAUACUUAUGUUUGACAUUGCUAAUAAACUUUUUCUGUUAUUUUCCAGUGAAGAUAUAAUGAUAGCCGAAGCAGCUUCUUCAGUGGACUCAGCUGUUGGUUUGCCAGAAUUUGAUUGUAUACACAAAGUGCUGUAUAAAGCGAGACAUUUUGAGCAGCCAGCACUUCCGAAAAGUGUUGAUGACAUACAUACUCUGGACUGAGAAAUAUAAAAAAACAAAAGAUGGCAGAAACUUCUUGCUCGGUGAUGAUGGGACCGGAGAAGAUAGGCUAUUGAUAUUUUGCACAACUGAUAAUUUAAAAAGGAUGUGCUCCUCCAAAAAAAUUUGGGGUGAUGGCACAUUUAAGAUUGUCCCCCUCCUAUUUAACCAGCUCUACACAAUCCACGGAUUGUAUCAAAAUGAAAUGUUUCCAUUUGUAUACUGCCUCCUUCAAGAUAAGAAAAAGGAAACAUACAGAAGAUUAUUACAGAUUAUAAAGGAGGAGGCAGGAAAGGUGGAUGAAGAGUUUUCCCCGGAAAAUGCGAUGUUUGAUUUUGAAUUGGCGGCAAUAAAUGCCUUGAGAGAAGAAGUGCCAAAUGUAUCAGUCAAGGGCUGCUUCUUUCAU